GGGAGAUAGUUACGUGAUGUCGGUGGCGAGAGAGGAGGAAUGCCACAGUGGGACGAGGGACACUGAGAAGAGGGAGAGAGAGAGAGAGACUGUUAGAGAGAGAGCGUGAGAGUGAGACAGUGUGUGUGUGAUGUUGAUGUAAAGAGAGAGAGUCUGGUGGUAAUAGGGAGAAAGCAUCCGAGAGAGAGAGCAACACAGAUUCAGCGAAGACCUCAGGCUCAGAGUGAACACCUCCUCCUCAUCCUUCUCAUCCUCCUCAUCCACAUGGCAUCCCAAAGAGCUCUCUUCUGCUCCUCUCUGGGGGUAGCUACGUGCAUCUUCAUCUUCGUGAGCCUUCAGGUGGCCGACGAGCUGAGCGGGUAUGAGCGCGCCUCUCUCCCGGGGGGCCGCCGCGUCCGCCCGAGGGCCGACGGGGACAGUUUGGGGGGCCCGCGUGCCGACGACGCCGUGCGGCUUCGACCCCGUCCCCGUCACGGGAGCAGGGUGGUGAGCCGGGAGGCGCAGCUGGAGGCGGGCGACGCGCGCUACCCGGUGAUCGUGUGGUGGACGCCGCUGACGGGCGAGGCGGGCAAGCUGGCGCGCUGUCCCGGCGUGCCUGGCGAAUGUUUCUUCACGGUGGACCGCUCGUACCGGCGGCACUCCAUGGCCCGGGCCUUCCUCUUCUACGGCACGGACUUCAGUGCUUGGGACCUCCCCCUGCCGCGCCAGCGCUCUCACGACUGGGCCCUGUUCCACGAGGAGUCGCCCAAGAACAACUACGUGCUCUUCUGGCCACAGACGGCCGCCCUCUUCAACCACACGGCGACGUUCAGCCGCCGCUCCGACCUGCCGCUCACGCUGCAGUUCGUGGAGAGCGCCAAGGCGCUGCUGUCGCGUCGCCUGCUGGUCGGCGCGGCCAAGAAGAGCCGGCUGCGGCGACCGGCGCCCUCGGGCCGGGGCCUGGCGGCCGUGGCGUACGUGCAGUCGGACUGCGAGCCGCCGUCGGACCGCGACGAGUUUGUGCGUGAGCUCUCGGCGUACAUGGACGUCGACUCGUACGGGCGCUGCCUCCACAACCGAGACCUGCCUGGCCCGCUCACCGACCCGUCGGCGAUGGAGGCGGAGGGGUUCCUGUCGCUGCUGUCGAGCUACAAGUUCGUGCUGGCGCUUGAGAACGCGCUGUGCGACGACUACGUCACGGAGAAGCUGUGGCGGCCGCUGGCGGUGGGCGCCGUCCCCGUGUACCGCGGCUCGGCCAGCGUGCGCGACUGGCUGCCCGACCCCGAGCGCUCCGCCGUCAUCGUCAGCGACUUCCCCUCGCCCAAGGAGCUGGCCUCGUUCCUGCUGUCGCUGGACGCCGACGACGCCCUGUACGACGACUACCGGCGCUGGAAGCUGGAGGGCCGCGUGCGGAACGCGCGGCUCCUGACGGCGCUCAGCCGGCGGUCGUGGGGCGUCAACGACCCGGCACAGGACAACUUCAUCGACGCGUUCGAGUGCGCCGUGUGCGCCCGUGUCUGGGAGAACGAGGAGCGCCAUCAGCAGGGUCUGCCGAGGCGCCAGUGGAACGCUGACCCCGCUGCCCUCAGCUGCCCAGCGCCAGCGCCGUUCCGCCCGGCAUUCUCCAAGCCCGGAGGAGCGGCGGCGGCGGCGGGGGCGGAGGCACGGGUCCGGCGGGGCGGCCGUCGACGCUCGGCUGCUCCACCCCAGGCGGGCUCCAUCGUGCGGGAAUUCUGGCUGCCGAUGCACCGUCAGUCGGAGAGGGAGGCGGAGGCCCUGCACGCGCUGGUGCUGCACAACCGCAACUACACGGAGGCGCAGUUCUACGCUCGGGCGAUGCGCGGCAAGGUCUGACUGCGUCCGUCUCGACGAGGUGUUUCUUCUUGCUGGGGCCUGUGGACCCCGCUCAGCCGGUGCAAACAUUUCUCACAGGGCUCGAUUCUGACAAACAGACGCAGAAGGUCUUUAGAAGUGAUUGUUGCGUUUAGUUUGUUGUCCUUCCCCUCCCCCCCUGAGCCUCCGAUUAGCACGGUUGGCUACGUACGCUGCGGAAGAAGUUCAACAUACGUGCACAAACGUGGACUAUUAGCCCCUGAGCCCUGGUGACAAAACACAUUCACUCGUCUCUCUCAAUACCACUCAUACUGAAUGAUUCGUUUUACCGGAGCAUUUUUUUUUUUACCGCAGCUAUAAGGUUUUUUUUUGGGGUGGAAAUUUAUAUCUCAGGGUGAAAGUCGUUUAAUCAGCGGAGUUUAUCAUGAGUAAAAUAUCAAUGAAUGUUUGAAACAACAAGUUAUUAUUGUCAACCUGCAUUUGCAUCAUAGUUCUACAGACCACCUGGAAGACCGUCAUGGAGCACUGGUGGUCUGGGGAUCACACUCUAAGCACCACUGUGGCAGAGAUACCUCACUGAGAACCACUGAGCUAGAGAGACCACACUGAGAACCACUGCGCUAUAGAGACCACACUGAGAACCACUGCGCUAGAUAUUCCAAGGUUCUCGUUGCCGAGUUGAGCGGGCGACGUCCCAUCGCCUCCCGCUGUGGGCAUGCCACGGUUGGUUCCAUCGUGCGGUGGGGUAAAGUGUGGGCGCCCCCACCGCUUUCAAGAAGUGUGGCCAGCGCCGAUGAGUAGAUCUAAGCGUCCUCUGCAGGGCUUCUCUAGAGAUCCGCUUAGAAGUGGCAUGAGCAAGCAGGCUGCACAGUUAACAAAGUGGCACUUUGGCAGAGAUUCAUGUGUACUCUUGGUUUUUUCGGUAAAGUCACGUAGGUAAAAAAUUUAUAAAAAUAAAAUAAUAAAAAUUACGACGUUUCGGAGGCAACACAAGUCUCCGUCAUUAGGUGGGACCGUCACAGCCAGAUUUGCUGUAUCAAGUGAGGCAGGGAUUCCAAGAUGCAAGAUCUUAAAUACAAGUUAAGGGGGAAAAAAAAGAGAUUCAUGUGGUUGGCUCGGGGUUGUUGAUGCACGCGAUGUGUUGAUGUGUCAUGAUCAUCAUCACGAUCACCACCAUCAUCCGUGGUUUGCGUACACAAUCUUUUCUUUAAAGAUCUGUGUGCGCUGACUUUAUGUAACCGUGUAAAUAUGUUUUUACGGCAUAUUUUAUGUUUAACCUGAUCGUUAACUACUUAAACGUUUUCUAAGUGAAGCUUUAUUUUACUAUUCACACUCUGCAGGCAAUGUUUCAACAUAUAUUUGUAAUGAUUAAAACAUUCCAGUGUGUAUAUAUUUUUUACAGAUUGUAUAAAAGUACAAGAUAUUAGGUGAAAAUAGUAAAAUGUAAAUGACUUCUGUUGAACAUGGUAUGCAAACUUAUACGCAAAUUUGCAAUAUCUCUAAGAGCUAUAUCAAGAGUAUUGAGAACUUUAUAUUAAACACUAUGCAUUUGCACUUACUUAAAAGUACAUUAAUUACUAAUCAUUUAUAGGCCUUUGUUGAUUCACUGCUGGAUAAAGGCCUUUCCAUGCUAUAUCGUAAAUGAGGAGGUUGUUUGUCCAUUUUUCACCAUAAUGGCCAGUGCGGUUUGGUGAUGAUGGAUUAUGGAGAAAGCAUGGGUGGAAAAAACCCGAUUUUUCCAGCGGCAGGCAUCUGUUUUUUUCAUUAAUACAAUUAAACCCGAUUUCGGGGAAUUAAAACCUGGUUUGAUGAAUACAAAACUCUGAUCCAAGGCUUAGGCUGCUUCCUCGUCGGUGCUGCUAUCGUACUCGGGGCCGUCGGGCACGGAGUAGUCGUAGAAUGCGGCGGGCAGGUUGGUCGUGAUGAACACGAGCUUCUCCUCCACAAUCGUGGGCGCCUGUGAGUUCCUUAGCUUGGAAUGGAUGAAGCUCAUCGUUGAGAAGUGCGGUUCUGCAAUUAGAACCAAUGAAACCGGAUUUCUCCCAAUCUCAGAUUAUCGGGUUUAAUAUAAAAAGACAAUUAAACCCGAUUGUAAAAAACCCGACUGUGCCACCCUUGGGAGAAAGUAGUUCUCUCAUUCUCACUCGCCGCUAGUUGUGGACGGGAAUCGAACUUAGGUCGUCGGGUUCAUAGUGCAGUGAAAUCUCAACUAAACAAAUGUUUUUUUACCAGGUAAGGGCCACUGAGCUAUUUAGCUCUUUUUGAGAAGCGACGUGGCCCCAAAUGACAGCUCAAUGAAGUGGCUUAUCACUUGGAAAUGUUUUGCAGUAGCCAAACACUCUAAACACAUGUUGAUUCUAAAUGUAGAGGGAAAAAUCGGAGGACCCGGAGAAAAAUCCAUGGAGAGAACAUGCAAACUCCAAAUAUACAACAGGUGUCAGGGUCGUGAUCGAACCCACGACCUCCUGUAGACCCGGCGAGGUAGUUAACAUCUCCUAGCCACCGCGGUACCCCGUAUCGAUAUGUCAACCGAUAUUCUGACACCUGUCCACCCACCAUCCCCAUUGUGGUGAAGUAUGAUCAAACAGCCUCCACGACUGUUAUGGCAUGGGGGAAACUUUCAUCGUAUCCCUUCAACAACCGCUGCCAAUUCUAUUCUUUUGUAUGACGAUGUCGGUAGCAAUACGUUCAGGAUCUAGAUGCCCAAUGUCGAGGUCUGCUGGCUGCGACGAGAAGGCUUCAGGAGAGAGUUCGUGUACAACCCCUACCAAUAGUGCCCUCACAGUGUUGUAUAGUUAUGCCAUAACUACUCUUAGGCUAAAUUUCGAUUUAAAGCUUUCGUGACUGCAGGGAUUCAUCUUCUUGGUUCUUUCGGUAAAGUCACGUAGAAGGGAAGUAAAAAAUAAUAAAAAUAAAACAUAAUAAAAUAAUUCUCACGACGUUUCGGCCACAACACAAGCAGCCGUCCUCAGGUGAAGACCAGGUCUGUCGAGGCGACAGCGUCUAAAAGAAGAUACUCUUAGGCUUUUUCGGUAAAGUCACGUCGGUAAAAAAUAAGAAUAAAAUUAAUAGAAGUAAUAAUAUAAAUAAAUUAUUACUUCUUUUAUUUUUAUUUUUUACCUACGUGACUUUACCGAAAAAGCCUAAAAGUAUGAAUCCUUGCAGUCACGAAAGCUUCCAAUCUAGAAUGAUGCCAUAACUAUUUAUAAUUGGCCGAUGGCGCCAUCAUAUACAGAGGAUCGCAGAGCUCGGGCGAUUGUUGGUGCCGGCUCGCCGCGUGUAAGCUGCUGCUGCUGCUGCCUUCCCCGCCUGUCUGUGGUUCAUGUCUCUCUAGGAGAGCGAGUGACCACUUACAAGGCGAACUUGUCAUUAUUAUGAUUUGCUCCGUGUUAAUUUCAGUCAAUGGCGCAGCUAUGGAGUGGGCAGAUUGCACUACGUUAAUUUGCACCAUUGGAACCUCAUUUUCCAGUAAAAAUAUGAUAAUUGUUUUUUUUACCCUUCUAUCUGGCAACAAAACUGACACCUUGUUUUUACAAGGAGUCAUGUUUAGAUAGACCUAGUCUCACAUGGGUGAGACGUCCAACGACUCUAAGGAAAUCUGUCUCGGGUGUGGACCAAUCAACUUCAAGGACAGUGCACAUUCUCAGAGUUAUGUUUUUUGUUUGCAUUAUGACUGCAGGUAUUGUGGUCUAUGUAAACAUGACUCCUUGUAAAAACAAGGUGUCAGUUUUGUUGCCAGAUAGAAGGGUAAAAAAACAAUUAUCAUACGUUAAUUUGAUUAAUAUACACAGCCACUUGAAAUGCAACGAUGUACACUCGCUCACUCGAUAGCACUGUAUAAAGACUUCCUUUGACAUUGUCCGGGUGUUUACCCUCCACGGGUUUCUGGGUUCGUUUUCGAACAUUCCUUUUGCUGGGUUUACAAUUUUGUUUUUUUUUUUAAUCUCAAACGAGUGAUGUUCAAGUGAUUAAACUGUUUGUAAAGUCGAUGGAAUGGAUUAAACAAAAGGUUACGUCCUUCCGAAAAAAAACAUGUCCUGCUAGUCAGCAGUAUAAAACUCUGUACGUUGACAUAUUGUCGAUUAAAUUAAUUUAGGAUGCAGCGAAUACACUUCAGGUCGCAGUGAGCGACACGUGACAGAUUACGUCCGAUGGCAGACACUUGCAAUUAACUGUGAGACAGUUGUAAUGAGCAAUAUGUACAAUCUUUGACAGUUACAAUCACAGUCGACAUCAGUAUAAUAGUGCCUGUUACAGCAAGCAAUUCUACAUUAGAAAAUCGUAGCAGCUACGAUACCUAUUCACGUUUGAUUCAAAUUAGUCGAGUCAUUGUCUGUUGUUGCGUCUUCAUGGAGACCCAGCGAUUGUGCAGUGCGUGUUUACGAGCAAUUGAUGUCCACCUGAAUGUAUCACGGGCUUCCGGGGGGGGGGGGGGUCACCCACUACUGCCUUGUGAGCCCAGCCAUAAAUGCUGUUACGUGGAGUAUUUCCAUGUUCAACGUGCCUUACAUGCUGACGCUGCCAUUCGUGAGCGUGUGUCUAUGUACCGUCAAGCUCCUCAUAUCCAAGCCCUCUCUUAGCCGUGCUUUCCAUUCAUGACUUGUGCAGCCCGAUCGAACCGCACUUUGCUCCGGGUUGCCACCUGUCCCGGUUCUCCCGGGACCGUUCUCUGGCUGACGUAGCAGUCCUGGAAAAUCUAUCCCAAGUCCUCCCGGGGCAUCGAAAGACACAGCUUGUGUCAGUUGCAUAUUAAUGAUGAUUUACCACUCGCACGGAAUGUGUUAUCCUGUGGUGGUAUUGUGAGAUAUUCUUAUUCUUCUUCCGAUGAUGUGCCCCGAUUGCUUUUUUGUAACUUAGAGGCGGCAAAUGUAACGUUCCGCUAUGUUUGCGACGUGUGUGCGGAUAUGAGGGAGUGACUCAGGAGUUCUGACAAACCAUUUAUCUAGGAGAAAGUGAUUCGGAAAGCAGUGGCACAUCAAUCAAGUGUGUAGGCGCGGUGCGACUGCUGGAAGGUUUUAGGGGCUGUAGAAACCCAGGCUGUGGGCCACUUGGAAAAAGCAGGGAAACAUUGGACGGGGAAGGGAGGGGGGUCUCAUUUAAUUCCUUGCACCAGGGCCCACGCCACGGUGGAGGGAUGUAAACUACCUCGCCUGGUUUACAGGAGGUCGUGGGUUCGAUCCCGAUCCUGACGCCUGCUGCUGUAUAUUUGGAGUCUGCGUGUCUCUCUCCCCGUGGUCGCGUGGAUUUUUCGCCGGGUCCUCUGGUUUUUUUCCUCAUUUACAAUCAACGCCACCCAAUUGGAGUAUUUGGCUAUUCCUAUAAAUUUUCACGCGAUAUUUUACUUCGUUGAGCGAUCAUUUAUGAUAGCCAGGUUGCUGCUGAGUGGGCCUUACCUGGUAAAAUAAAAGUUUAGUUGAGAUUGUCCAUUAACCUAUAGUCUUUGGCACGGAUAAGAGGGAGUCACGUGGACGUGGUGGCAAAUGAUUCCUAUCAUCCACAGCUCUCUGAUGUUGUGUUCGGUUCGCAGCCCCGCAGCGUCGUUUGGCAAUGACGUCCGAUGUUUCGCUUUAAGUGCCGGGGAGCGAAACGUCAAAACGCGACCGGACCGACACGCGGUACAACCCAAAGGCAGACACAGACACACACAAGGGGAACUCUACGCAGCCACCUGAAAAAAAUGUAGGCAGCGGUCCAUCGCCCCGUCAUCCAUUUGUAUCCAUCACUCGGACACUGCGGGGGCUAAUUUGCGUGAAUGAACACAAAUAGCGCUUCAACAUCGGAGCAGUUAAGGCGAGUUUUUGCUGUUUCGCAAAAAAUGCAGGUUGUCUUCGAAUGUUCUCCUGCGUAUAGAUAGAUAUUAUUAUAUCAAACUGUAUACAUGUUGGCAUAUGCCUUGAUUGUUGUUGUUAAAGGCCUGCGUGGGGACCAUUGGAUAUGACAAAGAUAUGUUGUACCUAGUAGUAGGUUUUUACCCUUUAAACUGGUACAAAACUGACACCUUUAUACAAGGCAUCAUGUUUGCAAUAACCACAACACAAGUAGUCAAAAUGCAAACAAAAAUAAACAACUCUGAUAAUCAUAAUGAGUUGUACGCCUUUUGGUGUCAUCUGGUCCAACACCAAUGAAGACGAGGCUCUAAGGAAAGCUGUCUCGGGUGUGGACCAAUCAACUUCAAGGACAGUGCAUAUUAUUAUCAUUAUCAGAGUUGUUUCUUUUUGUUUGCAUUUUAACUACUUGUGUUGUGGUUAUUGCAAACAUGAUGCCUUGUAUAAAGGUGUCAGUUUUGUACCAGUUGAAAGGGUAAAAACCUACUACUAUAUUUUGCCACUGGUAAAGGAGGUCUCAUAGUAUAUGUUGUACCUGUCUGAAAGUGUGCGUUGUCACGCCCUUGCCUAUCAUUCUAAUAAACCGUUCGACA